UAUCCCCAGGGAGAAGGCUCAAGAUGCAGGAACUCAUUGCUGGGUUGGAGAAAAUGACCUUUAAUCUUGAGGAGGAUGUGGAGAACCAGAGGGGUGUUGGGUACCUGCCCUUCCCAGGAAUGGACAAAUCGGGGGUGGCUGUGUGCACCUUCUUUCUUAAAGGCUUCUGUGAGAAAGGCCAGCUCUGUCCCUUUCGGCAUGAUGACGGGGAGAAGACAGUAGUGUGCAAACACUGGCUUCGAGGGCUUUGUAAGAAGAGUGACCAUUGCAAAUUUCUGCACCAAUAUGACAUCACCAAGAUGCCCGAGUGCUACUUCUACUCCAAAUUUGGAGAAUGCAGCAAUAAAGAAUGCCUUUUUCUUCAUGCUGACCCAGCCUUCAAGAUCCGAGACUGUCCCUGGUACGACCAAGGUUUCUGUAAGUACGGUCUUCUGUGUAAAUUCCGCCAUACCAGAAGAGUGUUGUGUACCAACUACUUAGUUGGCUUCUGUCCAGAAGGACCUGAUUGCAAAUUCACACACCCCAAGAUGACUCUGUUAUUGCAUAACACAAGUCACUCAAAGAAUGUAAGUCAACUACAAAGGCCAACACAACUUGCUUCCAUUGUGGAAAUGUGUUCUGAGCACAGACAGCAAGAGAGCCACUAGCUAAAAGUUCCAAGCAAAGCCAGUGAACCCUCUACAGCAGUUCAUUUGCUUUAGGAUGGGUAUUGAAGCCAAGAAGAUUUUUCUACUUUUCAUGUUGAAAACCAGAAGUAUGUUUUGAUCAGUGAUCUGGAUAAGAAUUCCCUGUGUGUAACAAAGGAGGAAAAAACUGUACUUGAGCUUAAGGAAAUAAGGUAUGGCUUGGGGAGAAGGUAGAUACGGGCAAAUCAAAUCCUCAAGAUGCCUGAAAGUUGUCAUCAGCAAUGUCAUCUUGUCUUCAUAUCUCCUGCCAAAUGGUAUUACUUGCUUUAAAAAAAAAAAGGCAUUCUCAAGUUAGCGCGAGUUAUGAUUCUCUUCCAAUUAUUAUUACGCUGAACUGCAUCUAUAUAGGGCCUUUGGGAACUUGGGGUGAUUGAGCACCUUGACCUUCCUUCUUGGUGCUAACAUCUAUCUUGAGAAGAGAAAAAUGUUAAAACAAGGAAUCUAAUAAAUUCUUAUGAGAUAGCAAAUUGUACAGGGUUUUCUGAGCUUACAGGAUGGAGGGAAAGAGGAAUCCAUUGUUUUCUUUACCUUCCAUUUUAUUUACUUUUUAAGUCCCAGAUAGUAACUUUUAUGCUUCUCUUUUCUACGUGGCAUCACUGCCAACCCUGUGGUCCUUAAAAAUCCUUGUUGAGUGAAGAUGAAUGUGAGCUUUUGGGAUGCUGACAGCAUGUACUCUCAAAGUUUAUUGUUGUUGUUUUGUUUUUUCCUAGCUAAUUGCAGCAUCACAUUUUGGCAGGAAAUACAAAUUGUAAAAGAAUCCAAAUGUGCUCUCAUGGGUUCUGUUGGGAUUUCACUAUGCAGUGGUGGGGGCUCUUGUAGCAUGUUUGAAGAGUAAAUUAAGCCCAUCAAAUCUUUCCUGUCAGCAUGGAGGAAGGGGCCAUUUUGCUAGCAAACACAAUAAGAAUUAACCAACAAUAUUCUUCAGAAAAUAACAGAAUAUCUGGAUGACUAGAAGACCUUUGUGAGCAAAUAUCCCUAGUAAUCUUAGCAUAUAUAAUAUUCAAUGUAACUUAUUUACUGUUUAAAUGAAUGUAAUUUAAUGAGGUAAAAUCACUAAAGCCUGAAUAGCAUGAAAGGUAAAUGCAUUCUUGUCCAAUAAAUAAGUGAACCUCAAGCUGGAUUUAGCACAUAUGAUAUUCAGUAUGAGGAAAUUUAUUGAUUUAAUGUUUAAAUUAAUGUACUUUACCUCAGACACUUCCCAGCUGUGUGACCCUGGGCAAGUCACUUGACCCCCAUUGCCUAGCCCUUACCACUCUUCUGCCUUGGAGCCAAUACACAGUAUUGACUCCAAGACGGAAGGUAAGGGUUUAAAAAAAAUUAAUGUACUUUAAUAAGUUAAGCUCACUGAGGCCUGCAUAGCAUAAGAGGUAACUGCUUAUCUUUUUCUCUUCUCCAGUAAGUGAAUGAACCUCAAACCAAAACAGAACAGAAUGAAGGCAGAAUGUCUGAAUCUGAUUGUUGUUGACAUAUACUGAAUACAUAUUCAUUCAUAUAUAUUAAUAUGUGUAUAAUAUAUAUUCAAUAUGUUGAAAGGAAGAAAUCAUUAAAAAAUGUAAGAAAAUCCAAAUGACUUCAUAUUCUAUGUGUUUUUUUUGUAAGCCAAAUCUGUCACAUGGGUCUAGAAAUGCUUCUAAGAGCUGGCAAAGUCUCAUAAUCUACUCUAGCUAACAAAAAUUGCCUUCAGCAUGACAGAGGCACUUAGCAUUCAUUCUAA